GGACGCAACUUCCACGGGACGGAGGCGGCGCCGCUGCAGCUCGGCGGCGGUGAACGAGAGGAAGAAGGGCGCGGCGGAGUACGAGAGGCUCCGUAAAGACUUUCCCGAGCCGAGCUGCCUUCCCCCCCCCCCCCUUCCCACCGUGAGGGCCCGACGAGGAAGGGGAACGUAGUGGCGUUGAAUCCCGUCCCGCCGGAGCGAAGUUUCGAAGCUGCCCCGCGGGCAAAGAGGAGGAGCUGGGGGCCACGGCGUCGGGGAGCAUGAGAGGUGCGCCCUGGCCUCACCGCUGCUGCGCCCCUGGGAGGACGGGCCGGUGCCCGCGGCGGUGAGAGGCAGCCCGGGGAUCGCUCCUCGGCGCCUGCGGGCGGGAGGAGAGAGCGAGAGGCGACUGCGGCAGUUCCCGCGGGGACCCUCUGACCCCCGGCUGCACGCCCUCCACUGAGGUGCCUGCGAGCCCCCUCCGCCCCGUAGGGAGAGCUUUAGUGCUUUUUCUCACUCUCCGUUUCCCUUCCCCCGGCGGGGAAAGAGGAGGGGCAAGGAGCCCUCCCGGGAUCCCUUAGGACGACGCGGAGGCGGCUGGAAAGCCCCGAGCCCGUGGAGGCGUCUCCCGCCGGACCCCUCCGCCCGCCGCAGCCUGCCAAGCCUUGCCUGCGCCCCCGUCUUCCAAUCCUUACCUCAGGCUUCACCUUGCGGUCCGGUCUGGUCCGGUUCGGGGAGGAGGCUGGGGGAAGCCCCUGCGGCGGCCUGCGGUGCGUGUGCGCAUGGAGGUGGCGGGCGCGGAGCCGGGGCGGAGAGGGCGAGGAGAAGAAGCUUGAUGAGCGUCGCGGCCCUGCCGGGGACCGCCGCCACCUCGCCGGGCGUUUCCCUCCCCUUGCCGCCCGCCCUGCCCUGGCCACGCUUCCGACCCUGAAGGCGGUCGGCUCGUCUCCGAAAAAACUUUUCCACAGCGGCCGAGGAUGGAGUCUGCCGGUAUGGAUUAUUUCUGCGACCAGGUGCAGCAGAAGGACGUGGGCCGCAGGAUGCAGGUCGGCCAGGAGCUGCUGGAGUACCUGAACGACCCGGCGAAGUCCCCCGAUGUGGAACAAGACCAGCAACGCCUUGACAAAGUGAUCGACGAAUUAACAGGAUGGGUCAACUCUAGUAAUUUUAAGGUAGCAUUACUGGGAUUAGAUGUUUUAGGUGCCUUUGUCAGCAGACUAUCAGGACGCUUUAAAUCCUAUAUAGGAACUGUUCUUAUGCCUUUGAUAGAUCGUAUGGGAGAUGCCAAAGACCAAGUUCGAGAGCAAGCACAGAAUCUCAUACUGAAAUUGAUGGAUGAAGUAGCACCACCCAUGUACAUUUGGGAACGCCUUGCUGUUGGUUUUAAACACAAGAAUUACCGAUCCCGAGAAGGAGUGUGUUUGUGUCUUGUUGCUACCUUAAACAUUUAUGGUGCACAGCUGUUAACCCUCAGCAAGUUGGUACCACACCUCUGUAUAGCAUUUGGUGACUCAAAUAGUCAGGUGAGAGAUGCUGCCAUAUUAGCCAUUGUAGAGGUUUAUAGACAUGUGGGAGAGAAAGUACGACUAGAUCUUACGAAGAGAGGAAUUCCUCCUGGAAGGUUGCAAACAAUAUUUGCGAAAUUUGAUGAAGUAAGAAACUCUGGAAAUAUGAUUUUAAGUAGCAUGAAUGACAAAAGCUUUGAUGAUGAAGAGUCCGUGGAUGGAAAUAGGCCAUCAUCAGCUGCUUCAGCCUUUAAGGUUCCAGCACCUAAAAAGCCAGGAAAUCCUUCAAACAGUGCAAGAAAGCCAGGAUCAGCUGGUGGGCCCAAGGUUGGAGGUUCUUCUAAAGAAGGAGGAGCUGGAGCUGUGGAUGAGGAUGAUUUUAUUAAGGCAUUUACAGAUGUUCCUACUGUACAGAUCUAUUCUAGCCGAGAACUUGAAGAAACGUUGAACAAAAUCAGGGAAAUUCUCUCAGAUGACAAACAUGAUUGGGAUCAACGAACUAAUGCGCUGAAGAAAGUUCGAUCAUUGCUCGUUGCUGGGGCUGCACAGUAUGAUGGAUUUUUCCAGCAUUUGCGGCUCUUGGAUGGUGCUUUCAAGCUGUCAGCCAAGGAUCUGAGAUCCCAGGUGGUGAGGGAAGCAUGCAUUACUGUAGCCCAUCUUUCAACUGUUUUGGGAAACAAGUUUGAUCAUGGCGCUGAAGCUAUUGUGCCUACUCUGUUCAAUUUGGUUCCCAACAGCGCCAAAGUGAUGGCAACAUCUGGGUGUGCAGCCAUUAGAUUCAUUAUUCGGCAUACCCAUGUGCCACGACUGAUACCUUUAAUAACAAGCAACUGUACCUCAAAAUCAGUUGCAGUUAGAAGGCGCUCAUUUGAAUUUUUAGACCUGUUGUUACAAGAGUGGCAAACACAUUCAUUGGAAAGGCAUGCAGUUGUCCUGGUUGAAACCAUCAAGAAGGGCAUUCAUGAUGCUGAUGCAGAAGCAAGAGUGGAGGCAAGAAAGGCUUAUCUGGGUCUUAGGAAUCACUUUCCUAGUGAAGCUGAGACUCUGUACAAUUCUCUUGAGCCACCCUAUCAAAGAAGCCUCCAGACAUAUUUGAAGAGUUCCGGCAGCAUAGCUUCUCUCCCUCAGUCAGACAGGUCAUCCUCCAGCUCACAGGAGAGCCUUAAUCGGCCUCUGUCUUCUAAAUGGUCUGCAGCCAGCCCAGCAAGCCUUGCAGGCAGAGCUUCAGGCAGCAGCAGGAGUGUUCCAGGCCCAGGAACUCUGCAGAGGUCUCGCAGUGACAUCGAUGUUAACGCUGCGGCGGGCGCCAAGGCGCGCCAUGCCGCAGGACAGACACCUGCUGCGGGGCGCCUCUCAGCAGCCGGGCUGCCUCCGGGAUCUUAUGCUUCACUAGAGGAUACUUCUGACAAGAUGGAUGGAACAGCUUCUGAAGAUGGUCGUGUACGAACAAAGCUUUCAAUGCCUUCUAUUGGUCUUGGAAGUUCUAAAACAGAUUCCAGAGGACGGAGUAGAACCAAAGUGGUGUCACAGUCUCAGCGUUCAUCAUCGCCAGACCAAAAUGAAGCUGGCAGUAGAUCUGGCUCUCCUGGAAGAGUGUUGACAACAACCACACUUUCCACGAUGAACACGGGUGUUCAGAGAGUGUUGGUGAAUCCUGCAGCUGCACAAAAACGCAGCAAAAUCCCACGGAGUCAGGGAUGCAGUAGAGAAGCCAGUCCUUCCAGAUUGUCAGUAGCGCGAGGCAGCCGCAUUCCUCGGCCUAGUGUGAGUCAGGGCUGCAGUCGGGAAGCCAGCCGUGAAAGUAGCAGGGACACAAGCCCUGUCCGCUCUUUUCCACCCCUUGCUUCCAGACAUCACUCCAGAUCCACUGGUGCCCUCUACGCUCCUGAUGUUUAUGGAGCUACAGGGACAGGCUUUGGAAUUAGUCAGUCAAGUAGAUUAUCAUCAUCAGUUAGUGCUAUGCGGGUUCUGAACACAGGUUCUGAUGUGGAAGAAGCAGUAGCAGAUGCAUUGAAGAAGCCUGUGCGACGAAGAUACGAGUCCUAUGGGAUGUACUCAGAUGAUGAUGCCAACAGUGAUGCAUCAAGUGCCUGUUCAGAAAGGUCCUAUAGCUCUAGGAAUGGGAGCAUACCCACGUACAUGAGACAGACAGAAGACGUGGCUGAAGUCCUAAAUCGUUGUGCCAGCACCAACUGGUCGGAGAGAAAAGAAGGCCUUCUAGGCCUGCAAAAUUUGUUAAAGAACCAGAGAACUUUAAGUCGUGUUGAACUGAAAAGGUUGUGUGAAAUCUUCACAAGAAUGUUUGCUGAUCCUCACAGUAAGAGAGUGUUCAGUAUGUUUUUGGAGACACUGGUAGACUUCAUCCAGGUUCAUAAAGAAGAUCUGCAGGACUGGCUGUUUGUACUCCUAACACAGCUGUUGAAAAAAAUGGGUGCUGAUUUGCUUGGGUCUGUACAAGCAAAAGUUCAGAAGGCACUUGAUGUCACAAGGGAAUCUUUUCCAAAUGACCUCCAGUUCAGUAUUUUAAUGAGAUUUACUGUUGACCAGACCCAAACACCUAGCUUGAAGACAGUCAAGCCAGCACUACAGGACCAGCUUCGCUCUUUUUGGAGCUCAAAGGUUAAAGUUGCAAUCCUUAAAUACAUAGAGACUCUGGCACAACAAAUGGAUCCAGGAGAUUUUGUGAAUUCAAGUGAAACCAGAUUAGCAGUGUCUCGAAUCAUCACCUGGACUACAGAACCUAAAAGCUCAGAUGUUAGGAAGGCUGCACAGUCAGUGCUGAUUUCCCUUUUUGAACUCAACACUCCAGAGUUUACAAUGCUAUUGGGUGCUUUACCAAAAACAUUUCAGGAUGGAGCCACCAAGCUUCUCCAUAAUCAUCUCCGGAAUGCAGGCAACAGUGGUCAGGGAACAAUGGGAAGUCCUUUAACAAGACCUACUCCACGCUCCCCAGCAAGCUGGUCAAGUCCCCUCACGUCCCCAACCAAUACAUCACAGAACACCCUGUCACCAAGUGCAUUUGACUAUGACACUGAAAAUAUGAAUUCUGAAGAUAUUUAUAGCUCUCUUCGUGGAGUGACUGAAGCAAUUCAGAAUUUCAGUUUUCGUAGUCAGGAAGAUAUGAAUGAGCCUGUAAAGAGAGAUUCCAAAAAAGAUGAUGGCGAUUCGAUCUGCAGUGCUUCUGGGAUUGUAGACUUACGAGCAGGAAGUGGUGUGAGUGACUCAGGCCGAACAGCUCUUGAUAACAAAACAUCAUUACUCAACACAAUGCCUCCCCACUCUUCACCACGUUCACGAGAUUAUAACCCCUAUAAUUAUUCUGAUGGUAUCAGUGCAUUUAAUAAAUCUGCUUUGAAAGAAGCCAUGUUUGAUGAUGAUGCAGAGCAGUUUCCUGAUGAGCCUCCUAUGGACCAUUCUGAUCUGGUUGCAGAGUUACUGAAAGAGUUAUCAAACCAUAAUGAGAGAGUUGAGGAAAGAAAGGCUGCCUUGUAUGAGCUCAUGAAGUUAACUCAAGAAGAAUCUUUUGGUGUUUGGGAUGAGCACUUCAAAACAAUACUGCUUUUGCUGCUUGAAACACUUGGUGAUAAAGAGCAUGCGAUUAGAGCUUUGGCAUUGAAAGUUUUAAGAGAAAUUCUAAGAAAUCAGCCAGCAAGGUUUAAGAACUACGCAGAGCUCACAAUCAUGAAGACAUUAGAAGCUCACAAAGACCCUCAUAAGGAGGUGGUGAGAUCUGCUGAAGAAGCUGCUUCCAUGCUGGCCACUUCCAUUAGCCCAGAUCAAUGCAUCAAAGUUCUGUGUCCAAUUAUCCAAACCGCAGAUUACCCAAUUAAUCUGGCAGCAAUCAAAAUGCAGACAAAAGUCAUAGAAAGAGUAUCUAAAGAAACCCUUACUCAGCUUUUACCAGAGAUUGUGCCAGGUCUAAUACAGGGUUAUGAUAAUUCAGAGAGCAGUGUUCGUAAGGCAUGUGUUUUCUGCCUUGUAGCCAUUCAUGCAGUAAUUGGAGAUGAACUAAAACCACAUCUCAGUCAACUCACUGGCAGUAAAAUGAAAUUAUUGAACCUUUACAUCAAACGUGCACAAACAGGCUCUGGACCAGGAGAUACAGCAGCAGAUUUGUCUGGACAAAGCUAAUGAAGCUGACAAGAGUUAACCAGGUCUCCUAAAGCAAGGGCAAGGCCCUCUUCAGUGAAAGGAAUAUUCUUACAUACAACUUUUGGAAAUUUUUUCAUUUUUCCCUUUCUUUUGUUGUUUUGGUUUUGUUCUUUGUUAUUUUUUUUUCUCUUUUAACCAACGGCUGUCCUCAGCCUGCAUGUGACUGCUGCGAUAGAAUUAUUCCAAAUUCAAGGAAAAACAGUAUUAACAUCAAUUGAUCAAAACAGAAUAAAAUUUUAAAAUAAUCUAAUCCAUCAGUUAUCCUGUUUGCAAUCCUCUGUGUCUUCCCAUUAACUUUUGCCAGUGUUAUUGUUUUAAAAAAAAAAAAUUUUUUAAUGCUAAUUAAAAAGGUAUGCUUUAAGCUUCAGAAGUUAAGAUACAAAUUCUGUUGCUUUUAUUCAGCUGCAAAUAAUGUUACUUUUUUUUUUAUUGCUGUUUUGUUUGAGUACCAUGUCCUUCGCUAGAAACAAGAAGUGAUGUGAAACAAGGCUGAACUAGUCUGAACUGCAGUGAGACUCGUACACUCUGUUGGUGGUUCAUCAUCUUACUUACAGCUUGUUUGGGAUAUUCUGGAGAUUGAGAAAUAUGCCUAUAAAGAAGAA